AUGGCUACUACACACAGCGAGGAAAACUCGAUCCGCGACUAUGGGGUCGCUGCUCCCCACGGGCCGAACAUGACCGGUCACCACACCGCUACCCAGGACGUGGACAUUCGAGCCGACAUGACUUCCAACGAGGCCGACAUUUUCCACGCUCUCCUCCACCCUGACGAUCUCUACGAUGCAACCGGCACGUACUGGGCCGACAUGCCCAUUGGCAAGCGCAUCAAGUUUGUCACCAACGUGGACAAGGAAGAGUACAAGCGAGAGUUCCGUGAGCUGUGGCAAAUGUUCAAGAAGGACCCUCUCAGCCCUUUCAGUGCCUACUUCAGGAACUACGUGAUCCCUGGUGCUGGUCUUGGUCUCGAGGGCUACGUUCUCUUCUCCAUCGGCAACAUCAGGCCUCUGCUGCAGGCUGCCUUUCCAGCGUGCUGGUCGACAUUCGAUAUUUGCAAUGAAAUCUGGACGCAAGCUGUUGACUACCUUGAGAUCUGCGGUAUCAUUGUCGGCCAAAUCCUCGUCGGUGUGAUUGGUGACUGGCUGGGCCGCCGUCACGGUCUCAUCCAGGAUGCUGUCAUCAUGUUCGUCGGUCUUCUCAUGCUCACUGCCGCCUGGGGCGUCACCCAGAACGGGUGGGUCAUCUGCUACGUCUGGUCGCUGUUCUUCUACGGUAUCGGUGUUGGUGGUGAGUACCCCAUGACUGCUACCGCUGGUAUGGAGAACGCUGUUGGCUCCGGCAAGGUCUCGACAAAAGAGGACCGUCUGCACCGUGGUCGCAAGGUCACUGGUGCUUUCCUGAUGCAGGGCUGGGGUCAGUUCUUCAACCAAGUCAUUCUGAUCCUCCUGCUCCUGAUCUUCCACUCUGGAUCCGCACCUCCCUACUCAAAGACCGUCACCCAGUGGACCUACCGCGUCUCUUUCGCCAUCCCCGCCGUCGGCACGCUUUGGCUCGUCUACUUCCGUUACUUCAAGAUGAAGUCUGCGUCCAAGCAGCUGCAGCUCGCCAAGAAGAAGGCACACGUUACCGGAUACGAUGUUGCUUCGCUGAAGCUGACCUUUAGCUACUUCGGGCCUCGCCUGGUGGCUACCGCCGGCACCUGGUUCGCCAACGAUGUCUUCUUCUACGGCAACAAGCUCUUCCAGCACGAGUUCAUCAAGGUCAUCACUCCUGGCAACAACUCGGUCAUGGUCGGUUGGCUGUACAACCUGAUCAACGUCGGUGUCUCGCUGGCCGGAUACUACCUCGCGUCCUUGAUGAUUGACAACAAGCUGUACGGACGCAAGUGGAUGAUGAUCAUCGGUUUCAUGGCCGAUUUCAUCCUCUUCAUCGUCCCCGCGUUCAACUUUGAGUUCUUCACUCGUUCCGAGAACAUCCACGCUUUCCAGGCCAUGUACUUCCUGUCGUCCUUCUUCAACCAGUUUGGACCCAACUCUGUCUCCUUCCUGGUCGCCGCCGAGGUGUUCCCGACGCCUGUGCGUGCCACCGCCCACGGAUUCUCGGCUGCUGCUGGUAAGGCUGGAGCGCUGCUCGCCUCGAUCCUGUACAACUACAUCGACACGCAGACCAAGUUCUACUUUGUGCCCUGGUUCGGUCUCGUCGGCGCUCUCCUGACGUGGGUGUUCCUGCCGGACACGACCGGCCUCGAUCUCAAGGAGCAGGAGCGCCGCUGGGCCUGCAUCCGCGCCGGCCGCGAGCACGACUACCACGGCAUCGCGAUCCACUGGAAGCACCUUUCGUGGUGGGAGCGCAUGCGCGGACAGCACAAGGGCUACGACGCCAAGCUGGACUACGACGAGAAGAUCAAGGAGAUGCGCGCCGAGUGGGUCGAGCGCCAGCAGCACAACUUCUCCGAGAAGAAGGGCUGGGAGGAAGCCGAGCAAGACGACCACUUCGACUCGGAGAUCCACAACUACUUCAAGCGCACCACAGACGGCAACGGCCAGACUAGCUCCGGGCUGCUGCAGCCGGCGGAGAAGCACGCCGACGGCAGCGACUCUGGCGCCAGCGACGAGAUUACGCGCGAAAAGUAA